AAGAAGUUUUCGUGAGGUCACAACAGAUUUUCCCUUUUGACCCAGAAGGUGAAGAGCUGCUUGUUGAUAGUGAAUUGUACUGUGGUUUGAAAUGGUCAGCGCUCUGCCUGUUGCCUGAUGGCUCCGCCUGUUCACGACAUGACAGAGGAAGGAAAAGCCUCCACCAAGAUGACCAUCUCUGUCCGUAAUUUACUGCGGUGCUCGUCAGUCGAAAACCCCUCCUGAGAUGCCAUUGCUCUCUGCCUCGCAGCUUCCGCAUCAAAACCUGGACUUUUCGAAAUCUACAUGGUGGAAAUCUCAAAAUCAUAAGAGAACCUGUCAUUGCCUCUCUUUCAUUUUCAAAGAACAACAGAGGAACUGCGCAUUCUAUUUUUGGACAUUUGAUGCUCAACAGAAUGAACACUAUCCUUAUCUCCUCACUUCUGGGCGUAGCCACAUUUGUUCUCCAAGUCGCUGCAUUUGAAGGAUCUCUGGAGGCCAGAGUGUCGGUGAGGCCUCCGGGGCCAAACGUCUACCUCGGCGAGUGUGUGCUGCUGCAGUGCGCGGUGGAGUCACGCUGCACUUUUGUGAAGCGGUACCGGUGGUACAGGUCCAAAACAGCACAGGCGGCUCCCAACCCCAGGCACCUGGUCUCCGGUGACAGGUACUUCAUCACCGCAGUAACAGGGGACGACGCUGGCAGGUACUGGUGCCAAGCCGAGUGUCGGGAGAACAAGACCGCGUUUGUGGUGAACGCCCGGCCGGUCACGCUCAAUGUGUCAGAGCUACCCCCUCCCUCACUGUCCCUGACCCCCAACACCGGACAGAUGCUCCGAGGAGAACAUUUCACUGUGCAGUGCCCAGCUUCUGAGUCUGACUCCUCGGCGUGGAAGCUGCUCCAUUUCCCUCCAGGCCGUACGGAAGGGGCCACACACUACACCUCCCACUUCUCACCACCAGGGGGUCGUGUCAUUGCUGAAGCGUUUGCGUUUGUCGCUGCCAGUGAGAACAGCGGCCUGUACUGGUGCGAGGGCGCCGAGGGCCGCAGCAAUGCAGUCAACAUUACAGUAAGCUAUGGUGACAUCAUCUUGAAGACUCCUGCCCUCCCCGUGUUUACGGGCGAUGAUGUUGUCUUGCAUUGUCAGUACCCGACAGGCAACCACAAGGGAACACGCUUCUUUAAAAACGGCGCAGAAAUCGACGCCAAAAGUUCUUCCAGUUCAGCCGGAGUGACAGAGGUGACUAUUAAGAAUGUGACACGGGAAGACGAAGGCUUCUACAAGUGCGCGUACCGCGACAGAAAGAUGCAGAGUCCAGAGAGCUGGUUGUCAGUGAGGCCGGACAGAGCUAACUCCACAUCAACAGAAGAGACACCGGCCUCCACUAGUGGUUCCUGGAAGUGGAUCAUUGUUUCAUGUGGGCUCGUUCUCCUGCUCCUCAUUCCUCUAACCGUUUGGCUUGUUUGUCAAUACAGGUACGGGAAGCUUUGCACUCAUAGCUGCUGGCCAGGUUCCAAGCAGGACGUACCGUCAGAGGAGCAGCCCGCGACCAAGCAGGACGCAACAGAAGUGCAGUGGGACCUGUCCUGGAUGGAGAUGUCCAAUCUGUUGGAUAAAGAGUUAUAUCGUGGCACUUAAAGGGUUUCUCUCACACAAGGCAUGUAGAAAAAUUCUAAAUAUUGUUAAAACUAUGAGUUCAGUCGGUGUUGCUUCUAAUACGACCAAGGAACAAUUUGUAGUAUUUUGAUAGUCACAUGUAAAAAAAGAUCCGAGCUUCUUCAAGGUGUGCCGCAAACAUCUGUUCUUGGCCUGUUGCAUUUUGAAAUUCAAAUCACAGUCAUUGAUUUAUAUAUUGACUUAUAAAGAUGUCAAAGUGUGCUGAUGGUACAAAUCUUAUAGCUUCAAAUGGGAAACUGUUCAGUUGAACAAAAAGUGUUUUAAUAUUUUCCAAUAAAAAAAGAAAAACAAUAACAAA